GUGAUUAUAAAAUAUACGCCAUUAAAAUUUUAAAUCUUGCCGAUAAUUUUUCCGAUAAAGAAAUAUCAAGAGCAUUUGAAGAGACAAAACUUAUGUCAAAAGUUCAAUCAAAAUAUUGUGUUGAAUAUUACGACUCAUGGCUUGAAAUGGACUAUUAUUACAUACAAAUGGAGUUAUGUGCCCAUAGUCUCAAGAAUAUUCUUGAACACAAACACCAAGAAUUUGAUAGAGAUAAAUUGCAUUCUAUGAAUAGUUACGAGUAUUUCAUUUCGUGCGAAAUAUUCCGCGAAAUUCUUGAAUGUGUUCAGUAUUUGCAUGAAAUGAAAACACCGAUCAUUCACCGGGAUCUAAAUCCGGCGAAUAUAUUAAUUAGCGAGAGUGCAAAGAGCGGCAGGUUUAUUAAAUUAUGCGACUUCGGACUGGCUACAAUUCACAACAAAAGCAUAAAUAAUAUGAAAAGUAAGCACACUGGAGGAGACGUGGGCACCAUUGGCUUCAUCGCACCGGAAGUUUUUAAAUCCAAGCCGUACAGUCAUAAAUGCGAUAUUUAUAGCCUGGCUAUAAUUGGCACAGAAUUGUUUGAAUUUGAUUUGGACACAUUCGACAUGGACAACCCACAACCUUACUCAUCGCAUAAUGCAAACUUAAAUGAUCCGACCAGGGUUAAAGUACAAGUCCCUGUCCACAUUCUUCAUAGUCAGCUCGGGGCGUUGUGGCAUAUCAGCCCGGUUCAAUUCCUCACAUGUCUAUACAAGAUUCUAACCCUCGGCACAGGCAUAGCAGAUGUAGGUGCGAGUGGUGCCGUCCAUCCACUCCCCGUCAAUGGACUUCCGUUUAUCUUCCAAACUAAUGUACUGGAUAAACUCACUAAUUCUGCAGCAAUUGAACACAAAAAUCUUGGGCUUAGGUCUGAGAGACGGGUGACAAUUCCUUUCCGAAAACUGAUCGAUGAGUUUCUUAAUAUGAAUCUCAUCCUGGCCGUGACCACUACCCUGGAUCAUUUCAUCGUGACCAUGGCCUAUAAACAUGACAAUCAGGGCAUCCUUUUUGAACUCCUGUCGUGA